AUGCGCCUACAUUGUACUCCCGUAUUGCUUCUCCUGGCCUUGUUCGCCAGCGGCUAUACCAUUCGAGAGAGUUCCUACAAUGAUGUUGGCCGCUGGACUGUUCGUGAUCAGCAUGACUACCGCGAGUGGCUGGUCGACGUGACUCGUCGCACCGAGAACAGUUCCCAGCAGUUGCACCCCACGGUGCGGGAGUUCGGCGACCUCAUCGAGAGCCGGCCACAUCUCCGGAUGCUCUUUGCGCUAAUGUUUCAGGCAGUUCCGCGGAGCCCUCGUUACCUCGAUGAGCUCAGUGGACGGCCCCAGAUUCGAGACUAUCGCCACAUGCUGCGCGUACUCGACCACCUUAUCCAGACGGCGCCGGCCUACAGCACCCGGACAAACCGCAUGAGCUAUGCCGGAAUCCCGCUGAACACCCUUCUAACUUGGCCGAUGGGGAAGCAGAGUGGCUUUGCGGCCUUCCUGGAUCCUGAGGUAAAUGCCAUGAUCAAGAAAACUCUGGGCAUCUGGGGCGAAUACCUGCAGUCCCCGGACUCGGUCCUACCGAACCGCGGCUUUCUGUCCUGGGAUGACUUCUUCAUCCGGUUCUUCCGCAAGGGCAUCCGUCCCGUCGCGGGCAAUGACAGCGUGAUCGCGAAUGCCUGCAAGUCGAAGCCCUACAAGGUGCAGCACAACGCGAGCGCCCACGAUCAAUUCUGGGUCAAGGAACGGCCGUAUUCGAUUGUGGACAUGCUGAGCGGCGAUCCGCUCUCCGAGAAGUUCAUCGGGGGCACAGUCUACCAAGCCUUCUUGAGCUCCCUGAGCUACCAUCGCUGGCACGCGCCGGUCUCAGGCCGCAUCAUGAAAGCCUUGCCUUGAAUGGGUCCUAUUACUCAGAGCCCCUCAUCAUCGACCUCGCCGCGCAGGAGCAGAGCCAUGACUAUGUCGACGUUACUGAAUCUGAUUGCCGCGCAGCCAUACCUCGCCUCGGUGGCCACCCGCGCGGUGAUCUUCAUCGAAGCGGAUGACCGGCCAUCGGAAUGGUGGCAUUCAUCGGCGUCGGGAUGUUAGAGGUGUUUCCACGUGUGACAUUACACUCAAGGAGUGCUACCAUGUCCGCAAAGGUGAUGAGUAGGGGAUAUUUCAC